AUGCCCGUCACUAACUUCUCUCACCCCGAUCCAUACAAGUACCAGACGGGCUUCGACUCGUACCACGAGACCGAAGCCAUUGAAGGAGCUCUGCCGGUCGGCCACAACUCACCACAAAAGUGCCCCUAUGGUCUCUACGCAGAGAAGCUGUCGGGCACUGCCUUCACCGCACCUCGCCAUGAGAAUAAGCAGACCUGGGUCUACCGCAUUAUCCCAGCGGCCGCCCAUGAGAACUUCAAAGCCGAGGACGCCGACUCUUAUCACACUCGCAUGACCACCGAGACUCACAAGCUGCACCAUAUUCCCAACCAGCUGCGAUGGAACCCCUUUGACCUGGACGAGAAGGUGGAUUGGGUCCAUGGCCUGCAUCUUGUUGCCGGAUCAGGUGAUCCCACACUGAAGCAAGGUCUGGGCAUUCUGCUCUAUGCGGCCGGCAAGGAUAUGGGCAAGGAAGCCUUCUACUCGGCCGACGGAGACUUCCUGAUCGUGCCUCAGCACGGUGUCCUGGAUAUUCAAACCGAGCUAGGCCGAAUCAUCUUGCGACCCAACGAGAUUGCUGUCAUCCCCCGUGGUGUUCGAUACCGUGUCACUCUCCCCUCUGGUCCUGUACGAGGCUACAUCUGUGAGCUGUACCAGGGCCAUUACCAGCUCCCUGAGCUGGGUCCCAUUGGCUCCAAUUGCUUGGCAAACGCUCGCGACUUCCAGGCUCCCGUUGCCUAUUUCGAUGACGAAGAGGAGGAGACGGAGUACAAGCUGUAUAGCAAGUUCAACAACACCCUCUUCUCCGCUCGUCAGAACCACACUCCCUUCGAUGUUGUCGCUUGGCAUGGCAAUUACUACCCUUUCAAAUACGACCUCGGUCGCUUCAACACUGUGGGGUCUGUCUCGUUUGAUCACCCUGAUCCAUCCAUCUAUACCGUUCUUACCGGUCCAUCCGACCAUGUCGGUACGGCCAUUGCCGAUUUCGUCAUUUUCCCGCCCCGCUGGCUAGUCGCAGAGAAUACAUUUCGGCCCCCAUGGUAUCACCGCAACACCAUGUCCGAGUUCAUGGGCUUGAUCGCCGGCAACUACGAUGCAAAGACAGGCGGUGGCUUCCAACCUGCCGGUGCCAGUCUGCAUAAUGUCAUGAGUGCACACGGUCCGGACUCGUCCGCUUUCGAGGGAGCCAGCAAUGCUGACCUCAAGCCUGCCAAGGUGGGGGACGGCAGCAUGGCAUUCAUGUUCGAAAGCUCUUUGAUGGUUGGUGUCUCGGAAUGGGGUCUGAAGACGUGCCAGAAGGUACAGGAAGAGUACAACGACCACAGCUGGACUCCUCUGAAGCGCCACUUCAAGAACCCUAACAAAAAGUAA